AUGGACCUCGACCCCUACACCUACUUCAUGACCGUCGUCAACAAGAUCCUCAACGAACCCGACCCCCCCCCCCCCCCCCCCCCCCCCCCUCCCGACUCUCCGCCGUGGCCUCCUUUCCUUCACUCUGGGGUUCAUCCGGAUCCUCCUCAAGUAGUAGCGGCUGGGUCGCUCCUUGAGGGGGAGAUGAUGGAUGUUCAAGCCGAUGAUGAGGAGCCGGACAUAGAUUCUGGCCCUCGGAGGCUUCGUCCGGUGCCUCGCGAGCCCGUACGCCCUGCGGCUAUAGUUGCUAGCAGGGAUGUCUUUGACAUUCCGGAGUCUGACGACGAGGAUGAGGAUGAUGAUAGGCCUGCGCCCCCUCCAGCAAAACGUCGCCCUGCCGGCCCGCCCCUUCUGCUUCCUUCUGCUACUAGCCUGCCAACCCCCCUCCAGCACGCCAACGACCUCGCUGCCGCCCUCGCCUCCUCCACCAUCGCCACCCUCCUCCGAGAGCGCAGCCGCCGCGCCGAGCUCGCCCACGCGGAGCUCAUCGACGGCCUAUACGGCCAAGACCAGGCGGGCCUGCCCUGCGGUGCGUGCGUGGAGUGCACGCAGGACAUGCCUGCUGGGGGCUGUCGUCGGUAUCAUGUAGAUUUCUAUACCAAUGACAAUCUGGGCGGUAAAUGUAGUUCGUGUAGGGUUAGUAGUAGCCAAUGCGGCGGGAGAGAGGGUAUCGUGGAAGCGGGCCCCUAA